AUGGAAAAACAACUAGAAGUAGAAGAAGAGAGAAAAGAAAAAUGUACAAGAAAAUUAGAUUUUAGUGCUCCUCUUUUGUCAACUAGACGUUCUAGUGAAAAAUCAUUUUCUUGUCCAAAUCAACUUUCAAUUGAUAUUUUUAAUAGAGUGCCAUUUUCUUGGGAACAAAGCCCUGGAAAACCAAAGGAAAUGAGGUUAGCAACAAACAUUGAAAUUGUACCACCUCCAAAAUUGCCACCAUGUAUGUGGCAUACAACAAAAGAUCAAUUAUUAGGUACAAGUUGUACUACUACAACUACUAAAUCAUACGAUGAGGUCUAUGAUGGCGAUAUCGACAAUGAUGAUCAUGAUGUUAUAAGGAAUAUUGACAAUCAUGAUGCAUUCUCAGAUGCUCUUGAUGUUUUUUCGUUAGGGGAUGAGUCGAUAGACGACAUGAUUAAUGAUGAGACGGAAUAUAGAAUAUCGAAUAAGGAGGUUGUUCACGAGGAAUGUUAUGAUUGGUGCACCAAUAAGCCAGCAGUACCAAAUUUCAUCAUUCAAAGAUUUCUUAAAGAUGCAAAGGAACUGGCUAUUUCAUCUGCCUUGGAAAAUAAUAGGAAGAAAUUACUAGAGGAUGAGCAAAUUAAUGGAAGAAGAACAUGCAAUUUUUCUCCUAAGGCAACAGUAUCAUGUGGGCUUGACAUGUUUAUUCCAUGGAGGAUAAAGCCCAAACCAUGUUGUGUGAAGAAUAGUGUAGUGACAGCUUCUCCAAGAAUGAGACCUCAAUGGAGCAACAAAGACAAGCAUGCAUUAGAUGCGAAUCCAAAAUUUUAA